AAUUUUGGAGGAAAGGAAGACAGAGCAUGAAAAAGAUUAGUGUUCCCUGCACUGUAUCACGCUGCACUCGCAGCCGUGGGGAGAAACACAGUCUGUCCUGAAAACCUGGGCUCGCCUCGGGGGCUUUGGUGCGAGGAUUUAGCUGCCCGCUGGACAACUGGGCACAUUCGCAGUCAGAGGACCCCCGUUGCUAAAAUCCAGCCCUGCAGCCCCAGGGGUUGAACAAACCCUCUUCCAGCGACUGCUGAAGGGGGAGGCGAUAAGGAAACCCCUGCAGACUCCUCACUUUGGAUGUCCAGCUCCCUUUGGGGUGCCCAGCCCGGCUGCCCCCGCCCCUGCCGGUGGGUACCAGCACUGAUUUUACCCAUCCCGAGCCCCUCAGCCGGGCGGUUCCCGAGGGCCGCGGUGUCGGGAUGCCCUCCCCGGGGCGCGAUGCGCGGGAGCCGCGCCCCGGAGCCCCCCGGGCCCCCCCGCUCCGCCGGCGCACGGAGAGCGCCGGAGCCGCCCCGCCGGAGCCGCCCCGAGCGCCCGCGGGCUCCCGCAGACCCGCAGGAGGUGAAGGGCGCUCGGCUCCCCCGCUUCUCCCCGUGCGCCCCGGCGGGACCCCCGCACGCUCCCCAUGCACCCCCUUUCCCGAGCAGCUCCCGUGCGCUCUCUGGGCACCCCUUUUCCCGUUCUCGCCCUUCCCGUGCUUCCCCGCUGCAGUCUCCUUGCACCCUCUUUGCCCGUGCACCCCCUCUGUGCUCCCCAGCGUGCUCUCUGCGCGCCCCCUUUCCCGUGCAAUCCCUGCUGACCUCUCCGUGCAAUCCCCUUUCCUUUGCAUCCCUGCUGCACUCCCCACUGCACCUCUUUUCCUGUCCACCCCUUUCCUGUGCGUCCGUGGUGCUCUCCUCACUGCCCUUUCCCUGCGCUCCCUUUCCCUUUCCCUCCCCUCUGAGCUCCCCAGCGUGCUCUCCCUGCUCUCCCUUUCCGUGCAAUCCCUGGUACACCCCACGCUGAUCUCUCUGUGCCCCCCCUCACCCUGUGUGAACCCCCCGUGCCUUCCCCACGCACGCUCCCCCCUCUGGCCGCUGUCGGUGCCCUCCCGGCCAUGAACGGCUCUCUGGCGGGCUCCUGGCAGCCCGAGUCCGUCAUCAUCCCACUCGUGUACCUCAUCAUCUUCCUCGUGGGCACGGUGGGCAACAGCCUGGUCCUGGCCGUGCUGCUGCGCAACGGGCAGGUGAAGAACACGACCAACCUCUUCAUCCUCAACCUGGGGGUGGCCGAUCUCUGCUUCAUCCUCUUCUGCGUCCCCUUCCAAGCCACCAUCUACACCCUGGAGGGAUGGGUGUUCGGGCCCUUCAUGUGCAAGGCCGUGCACUUCUUCAUCUACCUCACCAUGUAUGCCAGCAGCUUCACCCUGGCCACCGUCUCCCUUGACAGGUAUUUGGCCAUACGAUACCCCCUGCACUCCAGGGAGCUGAGGACACCCAGGAACGCCCUCCUGGCCAUUUGUCUCAUCUGGGGGCUCUCCUUCAUCUUCUCGGGCCCUUACCUCAGCUACUACCAGGAGUUCCAGCUGGCCAACCUGACUGUGUGCCACCCCAUCUGGGAGAUCUCCCAGCGCAAGGUCAUGGACAUCUGCACCUUCAUCUUCAGCUACCUCAUCCCUGUGCUCAUCCUGAGCCUCACCUACGUGCGGACCAUUCGCUACCUGUGGCAGUCCGUGGACCCUCUCCAAGACAUGUCAGAGUCCAAGAAGGCCAAGAGGAAGGUCACCAGGAUGAUCAUCAUUGUUGCCGUGCUGUUCUGCCUCUGCUGGCUGCCCCAUCACCUGGUCAUCCUCUGCAUGUGGUUCGGGUACUUCCCCCUGAACCGCUCCACGUACGCGCUGCGCAUCCUCUCGCACGUCGUCUCCUACGCCAACUCCUGCGUGAACCCCAUCGUCUACGCCCUGGUCUCCAAGCACUUCCGCAAGGGCUUCAAGAAGAUCUUCAGCUGCCUGCUGCACAAGAGGGCAGCACACAAGGUGCAGGUGGCGCGGGCUGCCAGCACGGCCAGCACGCUGGAGGCAGAGCUCAGCGAGGUGACCCAGCUGAGCGAAGCGCUGCCCGGCCGCUCCGCCGCGCGCUGCCGGGCGCCCGCGCAGCCCUGGGGACAGGCAGGGCUGCUGGGGCAGCAGCAGAGGGCAGAUGGCUCCUCUGUCACCUUCAACGUCACCUAGCAGAGCUCUUCCCACUCCAUGGCUUUGCAGUCUCCUGCAGCAUGGCAGGCCUGGGGCUGGGCUACGUUUUGGGUCCAGUUGAACCCUUUUCAUUCCAGUGCAUCCAGAUAUCAUAACCGUGAUGCUGCUGAUACAGACUCAGCCAAGAACCAACCAAGGACAGGAUUUGCUUCCACCAAGCACCUGCUGGGAGCAGAGAGAUCAAACCCAAAAAUCCACUGCCAUGUGUAAAUACCUGUUCCUCUGUCAUGGGUGAAUUUACUCCCUGUUGCAUCUACACCCAGAGCCUUUGAAAAGCUCUGGCCCCUCCAACCAGCACAGCAGCUGGAGUUAGUGGGUGCACUUUUAGGGACAUUUGGAAAGUCUUGGUUUGUUUGUGUCCUGGUUUAGGAGCUGCAUCCCAGGGCAGCACUGGGCACAAACCCAGCUCCAGCAGGAAAAUCCAGGAGUGAAGCACAGAAGGUCACCAAGAACCAAGGGGAGGGAGGUGGUUUGCCAGGGAAGGACAGCCAUGGACCCAUGGUAGGGGAAGGAUUUUAAUGCCUUUGGACAGCCUGGGGACAGCUCAGCAUCUCAAGCAGGUGAGGUGCUUGUGAGACAAGCAGGGCACUGACACUGCUUCCCUGGGGCGGGACAGCCGGGGCUGUGUGAGAGCCAGGGAAGCCUCAAUAA